UUAUCUCUGUUCCACCGUAAUCAAGACCUUUUUAUUUAUAUAAUUCUUUGCUUCCAAUUCCGUUGUUGUGUUUUGAAAUUAGGAUGGGAAGGCAGCCUUGUUGUGACAAAGUUGGGUUGAAGAAAGGGCCAUGGACUGCAGAGGAAGAUAAGAAGCUCAUCAACUUCAUCGUCACCAAUGGCCAAUGCUGUUGGAGAGCUGUUCCUAAGCUUGCAGGAUUGUUGAGGUGUGGGAAGAGUUGCAGGCUAAGAUGGACAAAUUAUCUUAGGCCAGACCUAAAGAGAGGCCUUUUGUCUGAAUAUGAAGAGAAAAUGGUGAUUGAUCUUCAUGCUCAGCUUGGCAACAGAUGGUCUAAAAUUGCAUCUCAUCUCCCUGGAAGAACUGAUAAUGAGAUCAAGAACCAUUGGAAUACCCACAUCAAAAAGAAACUGAGGAAAAUGGGCAUUGAUCCUCAAACCCACAAGCCACUCUCCACAAUUGAACAACCCCAGCAGCACCAACUAGAACAGAACCAACAAUGUUCCUUGACCGAAGCAGAGGAAGAAGACAAAAUCAAGGAUUCAGCUGAGACAUCCUUACAAUCCACUAUCACUGAUGACAAAGAGGAAGACAAAAGCAUGACAUGCACAAUGGAAAUCAUAAACAAUGAAUUCUGCAUAGAUGAGGUUCCACUAAUUGAACCCAAUGAGAUUUUGGUCCCUACUUCAUCAUCAUCAACUUCUUCAUCAUCACCCUCUAAUUCCUCUGAUUCCUCUAAGUUCCUUGAAGACUUGAAAUUUCCUGAUUUUGACUUGCCGUGUGGAUUUUGGGAUGAGGAUUUCAUGAGCAAUUGGGAAUUCCUACUUAGUGAUGAUAGUACUCAACAUGACACGAAGCUAGCGGUUGAUCAUGGUCAUACUUCUUCCCUCAGUCAGUGCUCAGGAAUGGUUUUGGAUCAAGAUUUUUGGACAUAAUAUGGGAUUUAGCGAUGAGAAUUUGAUAUUUUUCAUGAAACUUACAAAAGAUUAAAAAAAUAAAAAUAAAGGGAAAACCCCAUUGUCUCGUUUAGGUCCUUUUUACAUCAAAAUGAAAUUAAAAAAAAAAAAAGAAGAAGUAGGAAAGCAGUGAUUAGCUUUUGUAUAUGAUGGAUGGACUUCUGUAAUUUGUGUAAUCAAUUCAAAUUAAUAGA